CCAAGUCCAAGUCAGUUAGUUAUUCCCUCGAUUCGGUGAACUCUGUGCUAAUUUGUGGCAAGAAGAAACACAGUCUGCUAGGAAGAGACCAAUAUCUCGGUGGUUGCCACGGGUGAUAAGGUGGAAUUCCAGGUUGAAACUUGAAGAAACGCGAAAACUAAGUAGGCAUUUGUUCGAUGGUUAGUCGCUGUGUUUAGAAGUGAGAUAUCGACCUAGAAGACUAUUGAGUUGAAGCUGGUUAGCUGACCAAGGAGGAAAGAAAGAAAAAGUGAGAAGAUCUUCCAACCAGCGCAAAAGCAACAGCAAAAAAAAGAAUCAAACAUAACAAUGACGAUCUGCUGAACCCGCCAACCAUCACGUCAUCGCUUCCGAACGUGACGACCUCGCACCAAACCAUGAACCACGCUGCUAAAACCAGCAAUUAGAGCCACCACACCACUCACUCAACACCACAACCGGCAUUCCAAAAUGCGCGCCAAAGCGGCCCACCUGGACGAGCUGCGCAAGUCAAUCGCGGUCGAAUCGGACGAUGACGCAACGCGGUCUUCCUCGGGCGGAGGUUCCAGCCAGGCGACGACGACCAACCGGCACCAGCAGCAGAUCGACCUGAGCGUGCUGAGGAAGCCGAUUGUGACGGCGGUCACGGGCUUCCUGGAGGCGCACAAAGCGUACGAAGCUGGCACGGAUGAGAUUCGGAAGUUGCUGGCGGGCGAGUGCGACGUGCUGUACGAGUGCCGCGUGUGCCGGAACCUGUUCCGUAGUCUGACCAACUUCAUCUCCCACAAGCGCGUCUACUGCCGGAAGUUGUUCAACGUGGCGCAGCACUUUCACUUCCAGAACGAUGGCUUCCUCGAUCAGGAUCUGUCGACGAUUCUGCAGGCGGAGCAGGACAGCCAGCGGAAGGCGAAGAAGGUCCACGCGGACAUCCUCAACAAGGACCUGUCCAGUAUUAUCGAGCGUUUGCGGCGAAAGCAGCACAAAAUUAGCGCCGACCUGAGUCUGACCGAUUACUACGACCGGGUCAACCACAAACUCACCCAGGAUGAUCUCAACCGGCAGCAGCACCUGCUCCAGCUGGACCGCGUGCCCAACUCGAGCGCCGCCGUCUACCAGACCGUGCGGGGACUUGCGACGGAGGAGCAGGGCGCCAUCUCCGGCAGCAUGAGCGCCCAGAUUGGCGAGCUGGAAAGUCUGUCCGAUCGGACGAAGCGAACCGUGCUCGGGCCGGACGGGAAGGUGCUGCUGAAUGCGAGCGCGCCGGCGCUGCCCGUCAUUUGUGACCGCUCGAAUCGGUACUUUCAGCCGAUCGACGGGGACGGGGAGAGUGUAGGAAAAGCGAGCGGGAGUCACGCCUGUCAGGAGUGUAAUCUCCAGUUCGAUACGGAUCAGACGCUCAAGCUGCACAUGGAGAUGAAGCAUACGCCGUCGACGUACGUGUACACCUGUCCGUCGUGUUCCAAGACGUUUCUCCAGCCGGCGGCCGUGAUUCGGCACCUCAGCAAUGAUCACAAAAAAUCCAUGCGCCGCAUCAAAAUGAUGCGCGACUCCAUCUUCAAGCGGCGAACCCGCGUCGACGAGGUCGUCGUCAAGGGUCCCUCCUCGCGCGAAAUGUCCCGCCUCCUCAACGCCUCCGCCUCGUCCAGCUCCGCCAACGGCAACUCGCCCUCCUCCAACGGCGGAGGCGGUGCCUUCUCCGCCAACGGAGGAUCCAUCUCCGCGGAGGACGAAGAGGCCGCCACUCGGGCCUGGAUGGAGAACCUGGAACACUUUGACCAGGGCCCGAUGUGUUCGUACUGCGGCAAGACGUUCGACCGGAAGGCGGUUCUGGCGACGCACAUGCAGACCUGCGCGCAGAAGAUCCGCCAGACGGAGAACGGGGCGGGCUCGGUUGGACCGCCGUCGUCUGGGAGGAGGAGUCGGGUGAGGGAUGAGCAGUUGCCCCCGCCGCCGCCACCGCCUCCGGCGGUCAAGAUCAAGCAGGAGGUUGUGGAUUCGGUGGGCAGUGACGAUUCCAACUCGUACGACGUUCCGUUGGCCACGCUGCAGGCUCGGAUUAGUGGGGAAGGUUCGGUUGUAACGGUGAAGCCGGAAGAGUUGGGAGGGGAGGAGUCGCGGAGUCGGCGGAAGCGUCAAAAGCCGACGAUUAUGUUGAGGAACGCGAAUGACGACAUCAGCUGGGAAGAUCCGGAAGAUGGACAGGAGCCGGUUGCGGUGGUACAAAUCAAGCAGGAACCGGUGGAGGUCGUCGCCGAGGAGGAGGAGGAAGCGUCGCCGGCAGCGAAGGUCGUCAAGCGGGGUCCUCGAAACAGGAAGAAGAAGCCGGACGAACCGGAAGUGGGCGAUAAGGAGUUGGCGGAGCGGAUCGAAGCGGACGGGGAGAUUGUGUGUCGGUGUGCGAAGAAGUACAACGAUCCGGAGCGGUACAAGCAUCACCUGAGGGUGUUUCACAGUAGACAGAGGCGGUUCUGGUGUGCCAUUUGUGACUUUAAGGGGUACCGGAAGGUGGACACGAUUAAUCAUUUGAUGCAGGAACACGGCUACAAGGGCGACGCCGAGGACAUCGGUUCCCUCAUUAACUUCCAACCGCCGGAGGAAAAGGGCAAGAAGAAGCCCGCCUCUCAACCUUCUCAACCCGCGUCCGCCGCCCCAGCUCCAUCGCCACCCCCAGUCCAAUCCAUCAUCAGCAGCGUGAUUGAGGCCGUUUCCCGACGCAGCAUCAUCGGCGACAACACCUCGGCGACGGACAUUUUCUUGCUGGAAUCUACGGUCGAGAGCGUCACGCUGGACAGCAGUUCGGAGGGUCGUGAGAGUUCGCCGCGAAAGCGCGGCCGUCCACGGGGCUUCCGGGACUCGAUCUGUUCGCUACCGCCUGCGGGUGAGGAGUGCGGCAAGAAGAUUAAGGUUGAGGUGCUGGAUGAGCCGCGGAGUCCGACCUCGAAGCGACCCAUCCGGAAUCGGGUCAAACCGGUUGAUAAGGACUUUGUGUACGAUUUGACGCACCUGCUGCACAAGGAGGAAGAUCUGGACGACUUUCCGCUGCCGGAGCUGGUGCAGGAGAAGUCGGUGGUGCUGUUGCCACCGCCGCCGCCGCCACCUCCGGCUCCCGCGCCGACCUUCGGUCGGUCCCGCUCCGAAUCUAGUCGCCUUUCAACGUCCUCUUCAGCCAACAGCUCCCCCGAGAAGCGAGAACCGACCACCCCCAGCAAGAAGGAAUCGCUCCGUUCGCACGCCCCCAAGCCAAAACCUUCCCUCGACCCGGCCCUCUACCGAGGGGCGGCCCUCGCCAUGGCCAAGCGCCAGGUCGACGCCGGCCUCGCCACGUUCCACCGUCCUCCAAGCAUUCCCCAGGAGCGCCCCUUCAUCCCGUCCCGAAUGUCCCCUCCCAAACAACUCCAUCCCACCCGACAAGUCUCCCCCGUCCCCCGCCGGGGCGUCCCCCAGCAGCAAACCCUGCACGAUUGGCCCGUCGUCAAGAAGGAACGCCGCAUCGGCUCGAUCGCCAAAAACGCCUCCGACAUCCAGAUCAAGCGCAAGUACUUGAAGCGGGCCGCGAACCUCAACGCACCCCUCCUCCUGCCCCAACUCAUCCGCGAGCAACGCAAAGCAAUCCCCCGACGGAACAGCGUGGUCCCGCUCACCCAGCGACUCUCCGCCACCGUUGAAAUCCUCAACAAACUGAACGCUUCCCGGUCUUCAGGUGAAGUGAUUCAGGAUCUGCCGCCGAUGGCGCGGUGUCCCACGGCUGCGGAGUUUAAGCGGUACAUUGAGGCGAACCUGAAGGAUCAUCGGGCGACCAUGGCGCAGGUUAACCUGAACGGGACGACCGUGGAGGAUCUCAGUGGGGUGACGAAGAAGGAAACGGAAGAGACGGGGAAGGAGGUGGGGGCGGCGACGACGACGACGAGUCCGCGGAAGCGAAUUACCAUGCUGCAGCGGAUGGAGGAGAAUCGGACGAAGCGGAUGCAGGAACAAAACGGCUCUCCGGCGCUCAAAACGCAACCUCCAACAGCAGCAGCAACAACUUCCUCGUCGGCCACCUCUUCCACAGCCAAUCCAACCAGCAGCAGCUCCAGUUCCACCAACGUGGCCGACAUGCUGCACGCCAAACUGAAACGGUUUUCCUCGAUGUAAAUGGUAGUGAAAGUCAACAAAUUUCCGAAUGUUAGCCAACAUUUUAGCUUUUAUUUAGUGUUUUAGUUUCGUUUAGUCACAAACACAACACA